AUGGUUAAAUUAACGGUAGAUCUAGUAGAAGGGGCUAUGCAAUACACCAAUCCUCUAAAGGAUCGAGAGCUUGACCUCAGAGGCUACAAAGUGCCAGCUAUUGAGAAUUUAGGUAGUACUUUGGAUCAAUUUGAUUGUAUUGAUUUUACUGACAAUGAAAUUCGGAAGUUGGAUAAUUUUCCCCUUCUCAAGCGUCUCAAAGCACUUAUUGUAACUUCAAACAAGGUUAUCAGAAUAGGUGAGGAUAUUGUGUCCUCUUUACCCAACCUCGAAACACUGAUUCUCACUGAUAAUAAUAUCGCGGAGUUGAAAGAUCUUGACCCAUUGGUUCCCUUGAGCAAGCUCACAUUUCUUUCUCUGGUUCGGUGCCCAGUUACACUGAAAAUGAACUAUAGGUUAUACGUGAUCGGUCGGCUGCCUCAGCUUCGGUUUUUGGAUUUCAAACGCAUAACUCUCGCAGAACGUAAGCAGGCACGCUCAUUUGUUAAGCACCUUGCGCCCGUUACUAAAACGGAUACAAUUUCUGACAUCAAUAACUCGAAGUCAGCUGGUGUUAAAACUUUCGUUCCUGGCGCCCCUGUUGGCAAAAAGACUACAGAUGAAAAUACAGACAAUGUCGCUCUAUCUAAGCCUCUGGAAAAAACCUCUUCCAGUGAACAGCCCCUACCUCGAGAAUUUCCACAGGCAACCCUUCACCCGGGUGUAAAGCGUGUUAUAAUGAGUGGUGGAAAUAGUCAAGAUCUAAAUGCCAUUCAAGAUGCUAUCAAGAGAGCGAAGACUAUGGAUGAAGUGGAACGCCUUCAUCACAUGCUAAGCAGUGGCCAAUACGCCGGUUUUGCGGCUCAUUGGCACAAGCAGCAACAAUCCCAACAACAGCAGUAA